CAACUUUCCUCAACUUCAUCAUUGCUUCUUUCUUCCAAACCCUGAAACUUCACAACACACAAAGAUCCUUUUCAAUCAAAACAACAAUGAAGAAAGAACCAACUCAACAUCUCCACCUUCCAUGUCUCUUUAUGUCUCUUCUUUCACUACUCCGACCAAUCAUCUCAGACCCUAGAGCAAGAUCCAUCAAAGUCACAUGCUCACCGCAGCUAGAACACAACGAAACCAUCUUCGUCCCAAACUUCGUCGCCUCGAUGGAGAAAGUUAGCCAACAAGUCCAACUCAACGGUUUCGGAACCGCACACACCGGUUCAGGACCAGACGCUAACUACGCUCUCGCUCAAUGCUACGGAGACCUCCCUUUAAACGACUGCGUCCUCUGCUACGCAGAAGCGAGAACCAUUCUCCCAAAGUGUUACCCUCAAAACGGUGGUAGGAUCUUCCUCGACGGAUGUUUCAUGAGAGCUGAGAACUACAGUUUCUACAACGAGUUCAAAGGACCUGAAGACACAGUCCUUUGCGGGAACGCCACUAGGAAGAAUAACAACGCUACUUUUGGAGACGCGGUUAGAGGAGUGUUGAGAAACGCGGUUGCUGCGGCUCCUGGGAAUGGAGGGUACGCUCGCGGCGCGUCUGCAAACGGAGAGUCUGCGUUUGCGUUGGUGAAUUGUUGGAGAAACUUGAGUCCUGAGUCUUGUAAACAGUGUUUGGAAGACGCUUCUGCUUCUAUGGUUGGCAAGUGUCUGCCGUGGUCUGAAGGACGUGCGCUUCACACGGGGUGUUUCCUUAGGUACUCUGAUCAAGAUUUCUUGAACAAGAUUCCAAGAAACGGAAGCAAUAGCUCUGUUGUGGUGAUUGUUGUCUCGGUGCUUAGCUCUGUGAUUGUCUUUAUGGUUGGAGUAGCGAUAAGUGUUUACAUCUGCAAACACCGAACCAUUCAGAAGAAGAGAAGAGGAUCAAAUGAUGUAGAGAAAAUGGCGAAGACGUUAACAGAUAGUAGCUUGAACUUCAAAUACUCAACGCUAGAGAAGGCCACAGGUUCGUUUGAUAGCGUGAACAAGGUUGGACAAGGAGGCUUUGGAACUGUUUAUAAGGGUGUUUUACCAGAUGGAAGAGAUAUCGCUGUGAAACGGUUGUUCUUUAAUAACAGACAUAGAGCAGCAGAUUUCUACAAUGAAGUCAACAUUAUUAGCUCUGUUGAACACAAGAACCUAGUUAGGCUGCUUGGUUGCAGCUGCUCAGGACCAGAGAGUCUCCUAGUUUAUGAGUAUCUUCAGAACAAGAGCCUUGAUAGAUUCAUCUUUGAUGUUAACAGAGGCAAAACACUAGACUGGCAAAGAAGAUUCAUGAUCAUUGUUGGAACAGCUGAAGGGUUGGUGUAUUUGCACGAGCAGUCUACUGUGAAGAUCAUCCAUAGAGACAUAAAAGCAAGCAACAUUCUGUUAGAUUCAAAGCUUCAAGCUAAAAUCGCUGACUUUGGUUUGGCAAGAUCGUUCCAGGAGGACAAGAGCCAUAUCAGCACAGCCAUUGCAGGGACUCUUGGGUAUAUGGCUCCAGAGUACUUGGCACAUGGUCAGCUAACAGAGAAAGUAGAUGUGUACAGCUUCGGUGUUCUUGUACUAGAGAUUGUAACUGGAAAGCAGAACACAAAAAGCAAAAUAUCUGAUUAUUCAGACAGUUUGAUUACAGAAGCAUGGAAGCAUUUUCAGUCAGGAGAGUUGGAGGAGAUAUAUGAUCCAAACCUGGACUGGAAGAAUCGGAACGAUAGUAUCAUCAUCAAGAAGGAGAUAGUGAGAGUUGUUCAGAUAGGGCUAUUGUGCACUCAAGAAAUGGCAUCGCUAAGACCAUCCAUGUCAAAGGUAUUGCAUAUGCUAAAGAACAAAGAGGAAGUGUUACCGUUGCCAAGUAAUCCUCCGUUUAUGGAUGAAAGAGUCAUGGAGUUUCGUGAUGGUUCUGAUGGUGAUUCAGCUGCUUGUGCUUCUCUUGCUACUGUCUCCCAAAGUUCCUUCUACGGUAGAUGAGGCUUUUAACAUCGUUGAGUAUAAACCAAAGUUUUGUGUAUAAUAAACCAGUAAGAAGAACUAAACUAGUAUAUAUAGAGAUAGAUUUGUAUACCGUAAUGAAGUAUGCCAUGGAGAUAGUAAGUUCAUAUAUGUACUAAAAAGUAAUGUGGUGGAAGAGAAUGUUUGAACUCAAAUCUUGUAUCUAUGUAACUUAAUAAGGCAUAUAUCGACUUUGGAGGGUUUGGAGAUAGAAUAUUGGCACAAUGGUUUUGCCUUUUUUAACAUUCCAAACCAACGAACAAUGUAUUAUAUAGAUAUUAUGCAGAUGAUAGAAAGAACAAUGGUAAAGUUAAUCUUGUUAUGUAAAGAACAAUGUAUUAGAUAUGUUCCUUCAAAACUGAC